AUGCCCUCAAGACUAGAUGCGCCCGUCCUGACCGUGGACGUGGGCCUCAUACACAAGGUCGACACUCGCAAUGUCGAGAACCUGUUCAGCAUGUGGACUGUCUUCUCACGAUGCGCGGGAUCCCUCGAAGAAGGUCGAAGAUUGGAGAACUUGAGCUGGAGAUUAUGGAACAGAGAAACCUUCUGCUGCGAUCCAGUCUCAGAAGCCAACGCAACCACACCAGCGAUCUCCAUUGCGUCGAGAAGUUCAGAAGGUCGGUACUCAACAACAGAAGUACCCAGUCUCUCUGGCAGUCUCGACUCACUCGUCGACGAAGAAGCUCUCGAAUUCGAAUCAGACAACACCUCAGCUUCAACUUCAGCUCCCCUCGAUAUCUCACGCCCUCAGAUCCUUCGACAAGACUCAGUACACAGCAGGAGUCGAGGUCGAGAACGUCACAUUACACCUGAUGAUUUGGAGAAGAUGGUUAUCACAAUAAAGGAGAAGAAGAAUUUAGAGCCAUUAUAUCUCACCCCACACUUCAAUCUGGCACCACUCCCAGACAGGAUUCCAGAACCCACAGCACCUCCAACCAUUCCAGAAAUCACCACAUCUUCCAUGGAGAGCGAGUCAACAUCAGAAAAUGCCUCUGAGCAGUCAGCACAACCAGCCUCAACAGAUUCCGCUAGUGGUGCAUCCAUCAAGAGCACAACCAGUGUGGUCAGGGGUUUCUCACCAUCACAUGUCAGCUCCUCGUAUCGAUCGAUCCCUCUUUUAUCCGCCCCAUCAUCCAUCCCCACUGCAGAUCUUACCGACGCUCCUACAUCCAAAGGUCCUCAACCAAAGAAAGGUCAAAUGUUUGCUCUCGGUGGUUCCUCCGGUGAAGACUCCAUGAGCGAGCAACCCAAUUCGAUCGAUAGCAAGUUGGUACCUCAACAAAAGAAGAAGAACGCCAUGUUCAGCUUCGGUGGAUCCUCGAAUGAAGAUGAAAGUUCCCUUCCUCAGAAGAUGUCAUCACGCGGUGCACUUUCUGAAGGUCAAUACCUCACGAAGAACAAGAAGCAAACUUCCUUCCGAGAAGAGGUCACGACGCGCACCAUCAAGGAAGAACAACCAUUCGACGACGACGUCUUCGAGACCGAUGAGGACGAGAUUGACGAGAGUGCCAUUGAUGAUGAUGACGACUCCUCGGAUUGGGAAGACUCCAUCGAAGACAGUGGCAACGCCAGCAUCGAUGAGAAGACUUUCUUCCAACGCGUCGACUCGAGACCCAACCUGACUUCGCGUCGCUCCUUGAUCACGACUAUGCUUCAUCAGAAUGACCGGGCGAACGCUCUCGCAAACGCUGCCGCGGCAUCAAAAUCCACCUCGGCUUUGCAGCGAUCGCGUACCUCGUCACCAAAUGGUCCAUCUUUGGCUGCUUCCCCCGAUUCCGAUGAUGCGGCUCCUCUCAUGAUGAAGAAGGGUCUGAAGCCCAUUGCCGAGGUCCCUCGAUCCGCAGCUCGACCAAUCAUUCAGACUACUACCAACAUUACUCCUCAUCAACAAGCUCUCUCUCCUCGCACUACCCGCCGAAACAUGCUCGCAUCAGAGCUCACCGUCAGUCUUCGUCAACACCUCCUCUGGGAACGCAAACAAAAGUCCCAAACCGCGAAUGCAGUCCUGAAGCGCAGACACACAGCACACGAUGUCGCGAACCUCAAGGAAUACCCAGAUAAACCAUGCUUAAAGGAUGAUAGCGAGCCAACGAAGACCUGGAACGAAAUCUUCAACAACGGGCUUGGCGAAUACCAUUCCCGAGGAUGGUAA